AUGGUUGGGUUUUUGUUGUCCAUAAUAGUCAGGUUUGCCCAGGCCCAAGGUUCUGGUGUACAAGUAACUGGAGUCGCCAUGAGGUCGAGAGAAGUAGAUACAAGGGUUCAGUUUGAAAUAGAGGAGGGAAAAGCCGCAGGUACUGUUAUUGGGACUAUUCCUAUAAAGCGAAAUUUCACUUAUCGUUUCAAUGAUAUUCCAGAAGAGUUUCAUUUAAACGGAACCACAGGAACCAUUACUACGACUAAGAAGAUAGAUAGGGAAAAACUUAAAAGUGACCGUUUUGACCUAGUGAUACUUAGUAGCCAGCCAACUUAUCCCAUCGAGGUCAGAAUAAUAAUCUUAGACAUAAACGACAAUUCGCCCAUAUUUCCUGAGCCGAGUAUUGAUGUUACGUUUUCUGAGAGUGCCAACAUUGGUACCAGAGUGAUCUUGGACACCGCAACAGAUGGUGAUGCUGGGAUUAAUGACAUCACAACAAAUUAUAAAAUAGUCUCAGGGAAUGAAAACAACGUGUUUCGAUUGGUAGUGACAACCAAUCCUAGUGGAGAAAUGCCCUACUUGCACUUAGAGACCACUAGUAGAUUGGAUAGAGAGGUUACAUCUUUUUAUCAGCUCAAUAUUUCUGCUCAGGAUGGAGCGAGUCCACCCAGGCUAGGAUUCUUACAGUUAAAUAUUACUAUUCUCGACGUGAACGACAAUCCUCCAAUAUUCGACCAUAGUGAUUAUUCGGUAAGCUUGAAUGAGAGUGUUCCUCUAGGAACAAGUGUCUUAGAAGUUCAUGCAACCGACAAUGACAUUGGCGAUAAUGCAAAAAUUACUUAUUUUUUGAGUGAGACAGAAUCGCAAUUUGCCGUGGACUCUCAAACAGGAGUGAUCUCUACUUAUGAUUUAUUAUCUUGUCCAAAGAACUGUCCCACGGUGGAGAAUUGUUCUAAAAGUUGUGUUUUUACUGUAUUUGCUAGGGACCAUGGAUCACCUAGGCAGGAUGGUAGAGCUUAUGUCACUGUCAAUCUCUUAGAUGCUAAUGACCACGAUCCUAUUAUCCGAUUUCGAUUUUUUCCCUCUACGGCAAGUUCCGCCACAGUGGACGAGAAUGCUCAAAACGGGUCUGUUGUGGCAGCAGUCAGUGUAAUUGACUUUGAUGAAGGAUUAAAUGGUGAAACCAUCGUAGAAAUUCAAGGGGGUAAUGAACAGUCUCAUUUCAGGUUAGAAUCUACGCCUAGUUUUGAUAUUGUUAGAGUGAAUGGUGUCUUAGACCGGGAGUACAUCAGUAAAUAUAACUUGACAAUCACUGCCACAGACAAUGGAUCACCUGCUAGGAGUUCUACAACGUUUUUAAUUAUCCACGUGAACGAUGUGAACGACCAUGAACCAGUUUUUGAGAGAAGUGAAUACUCUGCAGUACUAAGUGAACUAGUCCCUGUUGGCACUUAUGUAGCUGGAAUCACAGCUACUGAUGAAGAUACGGGAAUCAAUUCAAAUAUUUAUUAUGAAAUAGCAUCAGGAAACGAAAAGCGCUGGUUUAAUUUGGAUUUUCAAACAGGAUUAAUAACUACAGCGCAGCAACUGAAUCGGGAGGAACUAGAUUUUCUAGAACUAAAAAUAUCUGCACGAGAUGGCGGUCCUAAUCCGCGCUGGGCACAUACCUACCUCAAAAUACAGAUAUUAGAUGAGAAUGACGAAGCUCCAGUAUUUUCUAAAGGAUUCAAUAAUAUUUCUUUAUCUGAAAAUGCUCCUCCUGGUUCUUUGGUGACUGUAAUGUCAGCAACAGAUAAUGAUUUAGGGACAAAUGGAAGUAUUUUGUAUUAUCUGGACCAAGAAACAGACAAAAAGUAUCCAAAUAUAUUUGAACUGGACAGUAUAUUUGGGCGUUUAACAAUUAAGUCAACGUUAGAUAGAGAGAAAAUUGCAGUAUAUUUUAUCAAAGUAGUAGCUCAGGAUCAAGGCAUACCUUCACUUUCAUCAACCGUAGACGUUCAAGUGAAUGUUCUGGACGUUAAUGACAAUAAUCCUGUAUUUUACCCUAAACGCUAUUUCUCAUUAAUUCCAGAAAACGUGGAAAUAGGAACUUCUGUUCUGAAAAUAACAGCUUCAGACUUAGAUGAAGGUCAAAACUCAAGAAUAUCGUUUUUCAAUGUUAAAGGUAAUGAUGAGUUGUUUGAGAUUGACGAACUGACGGGUGUUAUUAAAACAAAUGCAGCUAUCAGGGAACAAGUCAAAUCAAGAUAUGAACUUAUAAUAGGAGCUAGGAAUCCUGGAGAUCGGGAAGCAACAGAAAACGCAGUUGUUAUGAUUUAUAUUGAUGAUCAAAAAGAAAAGCAAUAUUCACUAGAAUUCAGUCAGCCUAAUGUUUACCAGUAUUUAGUGAUAGAAGAUUCUAAUGACGAAGAACCUAGUAUUGGUCGAGAAGUUGGUCGUGUUUCACUCAAGCAUACCUCUGACUUGGACCAAGUGAAAUAUGCCAUUACUUCAGGGGACUCUCUGGGUUGGUUUCAUAUAGAUGACCAGUCUGGAAGUAUUACUACAGCUCAAAGAAUUGAUCGUGAAAUAAAGACAUUUAUCCAUCUUGUGAUAACAGCAUAUAAUGAAGACAGUUUUGUUACAGUUGAUGUCAAAAUUCAAGUGAAUGACAAGAAUGAUUACAUUCCGAAGUUUGCGUCGUCCAUUACAUCUGUGAAAGUAUUAGAAAAUUGGCCAGUAGGUCAUGAAGUGUAUCUUGCAAAAGCUGAAGAUUUGGAUGUUGGAAUAAACGGUAAAAUUCGCUAUUCUCUUUCCAUUAAUCCAAAUGAUAUUUUCACCAUAAAUACAGAAAGUGGUAUGAUCUACCUGAAUAAACCUAUGAGGCUUAAGACAAAUAGUAAUUAUGAUAUAGAAGUAGUAGCCACAGAUAGAGGCGUUCCACCUCUUACUUCUAGGCAACAUGUUGUUGUUGCCGUUGAAGAUGUGAAUGAUCACACUCCAGUCUUUGAACGUAUAUCUUAUGAAACUUCUGUGUUGGAAUCAAUACCUAUUAAUGACAGGUUUUUUAGUAUUACCGCUUCAGAUGAAGAUUCGGGUGAAAACGGUCACGUUCUAUAUGAAAUUAAGGAAGGGAAUGAUAAGAAUAAAUUUGGCAUAUUUCCUGAUGGUUUUCUAUAUGUUAAAUCGACAUUAGACCGCGAAGAAAGAGAUUAUUAUUCUCUCAUUAUUGAAGCAAAAGAUAAUGGAACAAAGUCUAGAAAUUCAGAAGUCUCUGUUGUCGUCCAUGUAAUUGACGUAAAUGAUAAUAUUCCUAAAUUUGAUAACAACAGUUUGACGUUUUAUAUUUCUGAAAAUGAGCCACUGCACUCUUAUGUCGGAAAGCUCUCUGCAGAUGAUAAUGAUAAGGAUAGAAACGCUGAAUUAACAUUUUCAAUCAGUACAAAUCAAAACGACUUUGUAGUUGAUCCUAAAAGUGGUAUUAUCAGAACAUUAAAAAAAUUUGAUCGAGAGAAACAGAUCGAAAUCACUGGUCAUGAUUACAUAGUAAUAGAAGUUUUAGUUGUGGAUGGUGGGCUAAUAAGGCUGAGAGAUGAGGCCAAGGUAAUUGUAUAUAUAACUGAUGUCAAUGACAAUGCGCCGCAAUUUCUUCGCAUGCCUUACAAAGCAGCCAUUUCAGAAGGAGCACCAUUACAAACCCAGGUUGUUCGUGUAAGUGCUAUAGAUGCAGACGAAGGAGUCAGUGGAAACGUGGUGUACUUUCUCGCAUCUGGAAAUGAAGGCAGUUACUUCCAAAUUAAUGAAAAUACUGGGCAAAUCACACUUUCUCGAACACUUGAUAGAGAAAAGAAGUCUAGGUACAAUCUAAAAGUACUGGCCAGUGACACUGGAAAGGAAUUCACACAUAAUUCAACAGUCAUUGUCACUAUUGACGUGCUGGAUGAAAAUGAUAACUCCCCUAUUUUUACUAUACAACAAUCACUGGCUGAAAUAUCCGAAAUAACACCAAUUGGAUCUAAAAUUUUCCAUUUUUCUGCUACUGAUGCUGACCAAGGGUUUAAUGGUGAAGUAUCAUUUUCUAUAGUAGCUGGAAACAUUAAAGAAGCCUUUCAAAUUGAUAGUACUUCAGGCAUUUUAUAUUUGGACCGUCAACUGGAUUUCGAAGAAAAAAGUAUUUAUUACUUAAAUAUUAGUGCGAUAGAUGGAGGAGCUCCACGCUUAAUAUCAACCCUACAGUUUCAAAUUAAUAUAAUAGACGUAAACGAUAACCCUCCAUAUUUCUCCAAUGUAGCAAUUGUUCGCCAAAUCGAAGAAGGUAUACCAAUAGACACCCCAGUGGUAACUGUUAUAGCAGAAGACAGAGACUCUGGAUUAAACGGGAAAGUUUUAUACAAUUUGACUCACCAAGAUCCUCCUGGUAAUCAUUUUGCUAUUGAUCAUAACACAGGAGUUAUUUACACCAUCCAAGAGAUAGAUCGCGAAUUCAGUGACACAUUUAGGCUAACUGUAUCUGCUACUGAUCAGGCUCUUCUUCCAUCUAGUCGACUAUUUACUGAGAAAAAUGUGACAAUUAUUGUAGAAGAUAUCAACGACAACGCACCCACUUUUGUGUCGAUGGAUGCAGGUGUCUUGCCUGAAAAUUCAGAUCGUGGCUAUAAGGUUAUGACUCUAUCUGCUGUUGACAAAGACGCUAACACUAAUGGUGUAAUCUCGUACGAGCUGAUAGAAGGAGAAAAAAGUAUUUUCUUUCUAGACCGAAACACAGGAGAGCUUUAUCUAUCGAGGCAAAUAGAAAAGCCUAAAGUGAUCUAUUCUUUGAUCGUGCAAGCCACAGACGAAGCUGUCUUAUCCAGUAGAAAAUCCUCUAGAAACAAAUUAACUGUUAUUGGAACGAUGAAGCGACCACAAGGUUUAGUAUUCUCUGCUUCUGAAUAUUCAGGUUCCAUUUUCGAAAAUGAGCCAAUAGGAACAACAGUGUUAUCUGUACGUGCUCAAUACCCUAGUGGUCAAUUAGGAGGCAAAAUAGAGUAUUACUUGAUCAGGAUUUACUCCGGUGUUUAUCCGCAGCAACGUGUAUUCGCUAUCAAUAAGCAAAAUGGGGUAAUAACUACAGCAACAAUUGUAGACCGCGAAAAUGAAGUUCACGUUUACGAACUUGAAGUAUACGCCGUCGAUGUGAGUGCUGCUUCUCCCAGGACAUCAAAAACAAAGGUUACCAUCACUAUCCAAGAUCGAAACGAUAGUCCCCCAGUAUUUGUAAACCCUCCGUACAAGAUAUUAUUGUCUGAAGAUGUCCCACCGGGUUAUACUGUGACUACAAUAUCUGCCGUUGAUCCUGACAUCGAGGGAACCAUCUCCUACACCUUGGUAGAUGAUAAUCAUUCAUCUAAGUUUCAAUUCGACUCCCAGAGCGGUGUUCUUCUUUUAAAGAGUCCGUUGGACCGUGAAACGGAAGAAACACACCAAUUUAUGAUACAAGCGUUUGAUGGAAUCCAGACAUCUGAAACUAAGAUUACUAUAGAGGUUACAGACAGUAACGACAAUCCUCCCGAGUUCAAAAAAUACGUCUAUUCUUUCGACAUACCCGAAGAGAUCCAGAGAGGAGCUGAGGUUGGGGUUGUCUGUGCUACAGAUGCUGACGUCGGUAUUAACGGUCAGGUUAGCUACAGUGUUAUUAGUGACUGGGGUAACGAUGUGUUUUCCCUGAAUCCACAGAGCGGAGUUUUUACGCUUACUUCUCACUUAGAUUAUGAACAGGUACAGCAUUACAUCUUUAUCGUCCAAGCCCAAGAUUCUGGACAUCCAAGUUUGUCUAGUACUGUUACAGUUUAUUUCAACGUGUUGGAUCUGAACGACAACGCCCCUCUAUUUGAUCCCAUGAGUUACAGUGACGAAGUGUAUGAGAACGUGACAGUUGGCUCCAGUAUUAUCACUGUCAGUGCAACUGAUCUGGACUCAGGGUCGAAUGGGGCUAUUGUAUUUAGCAUUGUGGAAGGAGAUGAAAAUUAUCACUUUAAUAUCUCUCCAAAUGGAACAAUUUUCACAGUCAAGCCGUUGGAUCGAGAGACUCAGUCUCUAUAUAAUUUGAUAAUCAGCGCUAAUGAUCAAGCAUGGCCUGUGGAGAGACAAUUAUCAAGCACUGUACAGGUUACAAUCAUAAUGAAGGACAUCAACGAUAUGUCACCAGAAUUCAUCUCCCCAAAUAAAACAUCAGUCUUCGAGAAUACUCCUGCUAAUACAGUUAUCAUGGCGGUGAAAGCCGUUGACAGAGACGAGGGGCGUAACAGUUACAUCGAGUAUAGCCUUAUUCCAACUGCGGAAAAUAAGUUUACUCUUGGUCCGGUGGACGGACUUCUCCGAGUUAAUGGUCCUUUGGACAGAGAGGUCAAGUCACAAUAUAAACUCCGGGUAGUGGCUAACGACAGAGGAAUUCCGCCAAGAUCAACAUUUGUGAACAUUGUAAUUGACGUUCUCGACGAAAAUGAUAAUAAUCCAUUCUUUGAUCCAACACAGUACAGCGCUUCAGUAUCAGAAAAUGCAAGUAUAGGUCUGAGUGUAGUAGAAGUGUCAGCUACUGAUCAAGACGAAGGUCUGAGUGGUCAGAUCCGCUACUCUAUUGUUUCUGGUGACCCCAAUCACGAUUUCACCAUAAGUGAAGAUACGGGCACUAUUCGAGUCAGCAAAAAUCUGGACUAUGAACGGAAAAAUCGUUAUAUAUUAACGGUGCAAGCAGAAGACAACGCCGGUGACAUUCGAUACGACACUGCUACUGUGACGAUAGUGGUGACAGAUAUUAAUGACAAUCCACCAAAGUUUCAAAACUCUCCCUAUGAGGUUCACGUAAUGGAAAAUCUGAAUCACGUCCCCACUCCCAUCUUUACCAUAGUGGCCCAGGAUGCAGACUUACUACCCAAUACUCACAUACAUUAUCUCAUCAAGGACGGGGACAAACAUCUCUUCAACAUCAACUCUACUUCGGGAGAAAUUACCGCGAUGAAGAAGCUAGACAGAGAACAACAAGCAGAGCACGUACUAACAAUACUCGCCAUGGACACAGGGACUCCUCGCCAGACUGGUACAGGAACAGUGACCGUCAUGGUCAGUGACGUGAAUGACAAUAAGCCCACGUUCGAGAGAAGUCGUUACGUGGCUAACGUGAAGGAAAACUUGGCGGCUGGCUCCCAGGUUCUGUUAGUCGCUGCUUCUGAUGAAGAUUCAGGAAGAAACGGGCUUCUCAGAUACAACUUGAUUGGAGAUCAUCUCGAUAAAUUUACUGUUGAUACUCUUACGGGAGCCAUCUUGACCCGAGUUUCCUUAGACAGAGAAGAAACUGACCAAUAUGAGAUGACCCUAGUAGCCAGGGAUAGUGGACUAUCUGUUGAACAUUCCUCAAGUGUUAACAUUACGAUUCACGUGGAAGAUGAGAAUGACAACAAACCUACGUUUAUGGAAGAUGGUUUCCUUGUUUACAUUCCCGAUAGUGCAGCAGGUGGGCAUUUCGUUUUUGGAGCUCAAGCUCAUGAUUCUGACGUUGGUGUAAACAGUAGAUUAGUUUACCAUCUGUCUGGAAUGGACGCUGAUAAAUUCCAAAUCAAUCAAGACACUGGAGUAGUCAAGCUAGUCGAGAAGCUGGUCAGUAAAGAAGAAGGAUACAAAUUAGAGAUUUACGCUACAGAUAGUAGUACAUCCCCCCUUUCGGCCAAUACAAGCGUCAAAGUCUACCUUCAGCCCACAAGUCUUUUUCCACGCUUUCGUUCAGGAAUCCGAAGUUUCGUUUUCUCAGAGACAACGGAGAAUCUUGUAGUGACAACCGUUUCGGCAACAUCCCCUAAACCUGAAGGUAAAGGAACUAUAUUGUAUCGCAUUGCAGGUGGUAACCUUGGGGAAGCCUUAGCUGUGAAUUCUCAAACUGGAGAAGUUCGCAUCACCAGCGGCUUGGAUUAUGAAAUGAUGCAUCAGUACGAAGUUUGGGUGGAAGCACGAGAUAGUGACUAUCCGUCUCUUGGUGCUGCUGUCAAACUGACUUUACAGGUUACAGAUGCCAAUGAUAACAUGCCAUUAUUUAAUUCAGAAGUUUUUAAUGCUACUGUCAUGGAAGAACAAGAUCCACCACAAUUUGUGACCGUUGUUCAUGCAGAAGACGUUGAUCAAGGAGAAAAUGGAAAAGUUUCAUACAAAUUUGUUGAGUCUGGGAGUUAUGAAAACCCUUUUAUCCUGAAUUCCAAAACGGGAGAGAUCUUCACGAACGCUAGACUCGACAGAGAGUCCUUGGAAUUGUAUAAACUCGUUGUUGAGGCUGUUGACCACGGCUUACCUGAGAAAACAGGUACAGCCACUGUGUUUGUGACAGUUUUAGAUAAGAAUGAUAAUCCUCCACGCUUCACGCGGCUCUUCAGUGUCAAUGUCACCGAAAACGCGCCGCUAGGAUCUUUUGUCAUCCAGGUAACGUCUUCAGACCGGGACAUUAGUAUGAAUGCAAAUGCUACGUACAGCUUUACAGAUAACCCUGGAGAAAAGUUCCAUAUUGAUCCGCUGUCAGGAAACGUCUCUGUAGCCGGUAAGUUGGACAGAGAAAUGCGGGACGAAUACCUUUUAAAGGUUGCAGCCGUGGACGGUUCCUGGCGAGCAGAGACUCCACUCACUAUUUCUGUUCAAGAUGUAAACGAUAACGCACCUGAAUUUAAGGAAGAUAUUUACACCUUUAAUUUUCCAGAGCUUCAACAUGCUGUUGCAUUUAUUGGACAAGUGUCUGCUUCCGAUCAGGACAAGCACGGACCUAAUUCAUUCAUUACAUAUUCUUUAAAACAUUCUGAUUUCUUCCGAAUUGACCCUGGAACGGGCGAAAUUCUGAGCAAGCAAGUAAUAUACUAUAAACGUACUUCGUCUAGGGUUUCUCCAGAAAACCAGUUCAUAGUUCAAGUAAGGGCUACAGACCAAGGGAAACCUCCUCUGUCUUCAGAAGUUACAGUAGUGAUUAACGUUGUGGACUCCAACAACAAUCCUCCUCGUUUUGAGAAACCUUACUAUUUCUCUCCGGUUCCGGACAGCAUAAGAGUUGGGGGUUCUGUUUUUCAAGUCAUUGCCAAAGACAACGAGGAUGUGGGAAUAAAUGCAGAAAUUGAAUACCUAGAAGCAGGGGGAAAUGGAACGGAUUAUUUUAACAUUCAUAAAUCAACAGGAUGGGUGACUGUUGGAGACAGCCUCCUAGGACUCAAAGACCAAUGGUUCAUGCUGAAGCUGCGGGCAAUAGACAGAGGAGUACCCCCCAAGUCAUCGGAGGUCGUAAUUACAUUUAUCAUAACCGGAGACAACAAACACUCGCCUGUAUUUUCAGCUCUUAGCUACCAAGUGAUCGUUGCUGAGAAUGAGCCACUUAACUCAGAAAUAAUCACAGUGACAGCUGCAGACUCAGAAGAAGGGUUAAAUGGAGAAGUUGUAUACGCUAUUGUGUCCGGUAACUCUGAUGGGUGCCUAAGAAUCGAUGAAAAAACAGGUUCUGUAACCAUUGUUAAGGCUCUAGAUUAUCAAAAGAAUCAGGAAUAUAAACUGACCAUUACUGCUUCAGACAAUGGAUUUUAUAGCAAACACGCUACUGCCACGCUAACUGUCAUUGUUACCGAUGUAAACAACAAUCCUCCAAUCUUUAAUUCAACGAUCUUCGAAACUCAUGUUUCUGAAAAUAUGCCGAUUGGCACUGUUAUCACUCAAGUUAUCGCCACAGAUCUCGAUUCAGGAAGGAAUGCCAUUAUCCAGUAUUCCAUCGUGAGAGGAGAGUCGAAAGAAGCUUUUAGUAUCAAUAGCCAGACGGGAGUGGUAACCUCCAGAAGUAGUUUUGAUUAUGAAACUCGAAAUCGGUACGCGUUGCAGGUGAUGGCCAGUAACCCGGGCUCUUCUCAAUAUUCCUCGACAAGACUGAUUGUAUAUGUAACUGGCCAAAACGAAUAUUAUCCUCGUUUCUUACAAACUGUGUUCCAAUUCACAGUCAGCGAGUCAGCAGUAAUUGGAACACCAGUAGGCACCGUUGUAGCUACAGAUGAAGAUAAAGGAUCAGAUGGCGAUGUUUUCUUUUUGUUUGUAGGUAGUAGUAAUGGUCGAGGUUUUCAUAUACAAUCAGAAACAGGGAUUAUCACUGUGUCGCGGCGACUAGACAGAGAAUUGCAGUCCCGAGUUGUAUUAGCAGUGAUGGUCAAAAACAAAGGAAGCAUCAAAGGAAAUGACACUGAUGAAGCGCAGGUGGUUAUAAGUAUUGAAGAUGGCAAUGAUCCUCCUGUAUUCUCCAGGAAUAUCUACGAAGUUCAAAUCAGUGAAUCAGCGUCAGUUGGUUCCUCAGUUAUAACAGUAUCUGCUAUUGACAAAGACGUCCGUCCUAAUAAUAACCAAUUCUCCUAUUCGAUCAUGGACAGUACUGCAGGAAAAGUCUUCAGUAUCGACGCCCAGUCUGGUACUAUUAUAACAGUAGUAGUAUUGGACAGAGAAGCUACCAAAAUGUACAACCUUACAAUCGGUGCAGUAGACAACGGAAGUCCUCCUCAAACUGGCACUGCUGUGGUGCAAGUAGAAAUCACUGACAUCAAUGACAACGGACCUAUAUUUGACCCUCCAGAUGUUGUAGGUUAUGUCAUGGAGAACGAACCGGCUUUUACUAGUGUUAUGGUGUUGAGCGCUACAGACCCAGACCUGCCCCCUAAUGGAGCACCAUUUACUUACUUUCUAAUUGGAGGGGAUCACAAGGAAUGUUUUGAAAUUGACCGCUAUACUGGUCUAGUGAAAACAACUCAGAGCAUUGACAGGGAAAGUAUGCCAAGUAUAAAGCUCAUGGUUGAAGUUCAUGACAGCGGCAUUCCUCAAAUGAAAGCCAAACACCCUAUAAAUGUUGUAGUUAUGGACAAAAAUGAUUGCCCAAGUUCUCCUAGAGCUCUAACAGUAUUCGUGUGGGUAUACAACAAAAUAUUUCCUGGUGGUAAAAUUGCCGAUGUUCAUCCCUCGGAUCCCGAUCUUACAGGGCAAUAUCAAUGUACACUGGUGAAAGGGGAUACAAGCAAGUUUCGUAUCCCUAGUAAGUGCGAUCUUCACGCAGUGAGGCUUCAAGACCCCCAGGAGUACACUAUUUCUGUUAGCGGCAAUGAUGGAAGGCACGAAGAUGUCACUUCUACCGUAAGGAUCCAAUUUAUGAAUUUUGACGACCUAACAGUUGAAAAUAGUGUUACACUUCGUAUAUUGAAUCAUUCCACUGACAACUUUUUGGCGCUCAAAUUUGAUCGUUUUCAAGAAGCUCUUAAAGAAUUAUUUAAGCCUUUGGGUUAUCCGCUAUUGUACAGUAUAACUGACCUCAGCAACCAUUUGGAGUUGACACUAGCCAUUCAAACGAGAAUCUCAGCUUAUAUCACUUCCAAAGAAGUUCUUGCUCAAUUAUCGGAGAAAAAGCGAUUACUUCAAAGAGUGGUCAGUCCUGGCGAAAUAGCUGUGGGGUUCGAUCCCUGCGAAAACUCACCUUGUCAGAACGAUGGAAAAUGCCGAAGUUUCCUGGAGUUGCAAGAAUCUUUAUCCAUCCUGGACUCCCCUUCUUUAGUUUUUACAUCUCCAGCCGUCAGUCGUCAGUUUGCCUGUAGCUGUCCAAAGGGAUUCUCUGGCUCAGUAUGUCAGUACCAACAGAAUCCUUGUUCGCCAAACCCAUGUUAUUCUGGUGGCACCUGUCACCAUGAUGGUCAUGAUUUUCACUGCCUCUGUACUUUACAAUAUCAAGGCAAACAGUGCGAGUCUCGUCGGGCGAACAUUUGUGCUAGUGCUCCUUGCAGAAACGGCGGGACGUGCGAAGAGGCUCCAAAUGAGUCUUUCUUUUGUCUCUGUCGGCCAGGUUUCCGGGGAAGUGUGUGUGAACAACCAACUUACGGGUGUCGCCCCAACCGUUGUUUGAACGGAGGAACGUGCCUCAAUGAAAAAUCUGGAUACCGAUGUAUUUGUGACACGAACUUCUUUGGCAGACAUUGUGAAAAAUCAACAUUUGGAUUUCACCAGUAUUCUUACAUGAGCUUUCCUUCCUUAAAGCCCUCUACUAACGAUAUCUCACUUGUCUUAUCCACAAACAUGAAGAACUCCCUUCUCGUAUAUAACUUUGGCAGGCAGAAUGGCGGACGAUCCGACUUUUUUGCUAUCGAAAUCGUUGAAGGGAAAACACGCUUUUCUUUUGGUGCAUCUCGCUCAGCUAUAGCGUCAAUCAUGGCACGCCAAGACGUCGCAGAUGGGAAGUGGCACAAGAUAACUGUUAUUCGGAAUGGCAGGGUGGCGUCUUUAUCAGUGGUAGCUUGUAGGGAGAGUGGUGAGCUAUGUGACGAAUGUUCUCAUGGAAACACGAACUGUUCUUUGUCUGUAACCGGGCAUGCAGGAACCUUAAACUUUAAUGGAAAUACUAUGUAUCUGGGAGGCAUUCCUGCAGUGGAACCUUUGCUUGAGAGGCCAGGUCAGGUGUCCAGCGACGAUUUUAUUGGCUGUAUUCACAGUGUUUACGUAAAUGGGCGUCAACUGGAUUUGACAUCACCACUUAAAUCGAACCAUAUCACUCGUACAUGCCCAAGAUUAAAAGAUGGUUGUACCACAAAACAUGGAUGUGGAAAUACAGGAAUUUGUCAAGAUUUGUGGUUCUCUACGAGGUGUCUCUGUCCCAACCAAAUUAUUGCAGCAAACUGUAAUGAGGCUUUAGAGCCUUUAUCUUUUGAUGAUGAUUCUGCAUACUUGGAAUUGAUACCCCUAGAAAAAUUACGUAGAACAUCUCUUCUAACUGGACCCUAUUACCACGUGCAACGGUGGAAGCACUCUGUGUCUGGCCUUAACCCUUCUGGAACAAAAACUGUUGCAUUUUCAUUCCGAACUAAGUCAAAAAAUGGCCUGUUGUUGCAUGCUACGACAAAAAACGAAGGGUUUACUAUUUUACAGCUCAGAAAUGGUCAUCUGGAAUAUAAAUCUCAGCAGAAGAUUGGAGAUCCUGUUAACCUGGUUCUAGAUGGAAUUGAUGCUGCAGAUGGUAUGUGGCAUGAAGUGAUACUGACACUCAGCAACAAUAACUUCAAUGUAUCCAUAGAUCAAGAGUGGAAUGGAUUAGAGACUGAACAAAAGGUCCACGACCUCCUGGAUCCUUACCUGACUGUGUUGACGAUGGGAUUACACCCAGACGAGGAAGCAAAAGACGACAAUUUAGUAGCAGGUUUUCAAGGAUGUCUCUCUUCAAUAAUAGUCAACGGAGAAGUUCAAAAUUUGAAUGUAACGAAUAGUUACUUUAAAGUGGUACCUCGUGGAAUUAUCUAUAGAGGAUGUACUGAUGAAGCUCUUGGAUUCGAUGUUGCCCCUACCGACCCACUUAGCAUAGGAGUUAUAUUGGUGAUUGUGUUUUUUGUCAUUCUUAUAGUAGUUAUCUUAGUCAGUUUUCUAGUCUUUCGAAGAAGAAAGCUUUGCCGAGAUAAAAACCAUAGUCAUAUCAAACAAAAUGGGAAUGCCUUCUUGACAUCAACUAACGGUGACAGCCAGCGUUCUAAUCAGGAUCCAAGUUACGUCGAAAAUAUGGGAACUGAAGAUGUAAUAAGAAACCACAUAUCACAAGAAUUAGUGCCAAAAAAGAUGAAAGAUCGAGAAGUCUUGACAGAACGCCCUCAACGCCCAGAUAUCAUAGAAAGAGAAGUCAUUAAAAGAUCACCUGCAAUGUCACCUCAAUGUUCAGAGAAUAAUUCACAUCAGGACAACCCUAAACCUUCUAAUGGAUUUGGAAUGGGUAAUAUUCCUGAUUCAGAACCUCCCGAACAUUACGAUCUUGAAAAUGCAAGCAGUAUUGCGCCAUCAGACAUCGAUAUAGUCUAUCAUUAUAAAGGGUUUCGAGAUGGUAAUGUAAGAAAGUACAAAACUAAUUCUCAUAUACCAAACUACCACAAACAUAAUCACAGACAUAGUCCUCAUCAGUUCCAACCUAGUCCAAUUAGGGAGAGUCCUCGCAAUGUUAUACCACAGAAUCCAUCUUCUAUCCCUCCAAGAGAAAGUCCAUCAGCAUUAAAAAUGCAAAAUACUCCAUUAGCGCGGUUAAGCCCUUCUAGUGAAUUAUCUCAACAAACCCCUCGUAUUCUGACUUUACAAGAUAUCAGUGGGAAACCCCUACAGACAGCGUUACUAGCAACAUCCCAAGGGGUGAGUCCCGAAGGCUAUAAGGAUCCAAUAAUGAACUCUGAAAGAAGCCUCAACAGCCCUGUCAGCAAUCUCAGCCACAAUACAGGAAGCCUUCAUUCCCGUCCACAGUCAGGAAGGAAGAGAAACAUCAGAGAAGGUGGAAUUUCUUUAGGUUUAACAGCUGAAGAAAUAGAACGAUUAAACGCACGCCCACGAAAUUCGAGUCUUGUUAGCACAUUGGAUGCAGUUUCUUUAUCUAGCGAUGAUAAUCCAGAGAAAACCAAACUUGCAGAACUUUUAGAGACAAAUACCGAACUUCUGGAACCUCCUGAUUCAUCUACAGAUGAGAGUGGAAACGAUUCCUUCACAUGCUCCGAGUUUGAAUAUGAUAAUAAUUACGAGAAGGUACACAGGGAUUUUGGGCGAGGUAAUAUGAUAUUUUCGAAAUUAGCUGAGGAAGACAAUGAAAAUGAUGAAGAUUCAGCUAAAACAUACGAUGGGUUUGACUCAAUUAGAGGAUCCCUUAGCACUCUUGUGGCUUCUGAUGACGAUAUCUCUAACGUGUCCUCAUACAAACCAGCAAAUGGGUCUGUAUUAGGCUGGGAUUAUCUUCUGAAUUGGGGUCCAAACUUUCAGAGUUUAGUAGGAGUGUUUAAAGACAUUGCACAGUUGCCUGAUACAGCACAUUCGGCUACCGGGCAUUCAAAGCCAAACGAAGAAUAUGUGUGACAUAAUAUUUAACUUAUAUAUGUAUUUUUUAAGUAUGUUCACACAAGCAUGUGAAUUGACAUUGUAAAAUGCCCUAGAGGUAUUUUCUUUAUAGGAGAAUGGUUUAUGACGAGAAGGAUGUUCACGAGUGGAAUUAUUACUCUUGGUUUGUAUAUACCAACCUACUUUAAACGGCUAUGGCCAAAAGACGAUACUCACUGUGCUGGUAUUGUGAAUGAUUAUUGUGUUAUUUGUAUACUUACUGUUAAAUGUUUUAUGAAACAAGGAUCACGUACCUCAACAGUCAAACCUAGUCAAACAAGUAUACUUGCAAAAAUGAACAUUUUUUGUUGUUAUAGUUGUUUUAGGCUUCGGUUCCCCAUUGUAACUGUAGCUCUUUCUCAUGAUCAGUUGAAUUUUUUAAUGUUUAGGUAUACUGAAGUAGCAAUUUCUUGAUGUAGAAUUAACAUAUUACUGAUGUAGAAAUAUUGAGAAGAAUCCAGUGUCAAAAUAUUUUGCUUCUUUGUAUUUUUCUCUUCAUCGUACAAAAUAUAACAUUUACAACGUUACUUGUAUUUGUUUAAUACCUGUAUAAUAGAAAUAAUAUUUUAUGCUCUACCGACUUAACUACAAGAUAUUCUGGUAAAAAUAAUAUUUGGCAUAUCUAUACUUUAGAAUUUAUAUUAUUAAUAUUGCCUAUCUGGAUACGUUAAACAUCAAACUAUUCAACAAAUAAACAGUCGGUAAUACUAUUGUAUUAAUUUUUAAAGAUUGAUCUUGGUCUUCAGUCAAAGAUUGCUUGAAUUGUAGAUUUUAAAAGUGAGAGUAGCGGUUUAAAAUAAAUUAAUUGUAAUAUUGUAGUUAAACUUUUUCUAUUGACAGGUAUGAAACGUAUGUAAAAGAUUUUGUUAAAAAAAACUGGAUACAGCAAGUUUUAUGAAAAUCAUAUUCCAAUAUGCUGUAAUGAGAGCUGUUAAUCCAGUGGUUUCAACUACAGUUCGAAAAAUUGUUACAGACGUUCCUUUUUGUAUCAUUUUUCUCUGGUUGUCACAUAGUGCCAAUA